AUGUCUACACCCAACAAGACCUUCAUCUUCAAGAAGGUCCCUAAGGGCUUCCCAGUGCCCGGGCAAGACCUCGUGACCGAGGACCGACCCAUUGAUCUGAAUGCUGUCCCCCAAGGCGGCUUGGUCCUUCAAAAUUUUGUCAGCAGCUUCGACCCCUACAUGCGUCCGCGAAUGAGGGACCCAGGCAUCAAGUCCUACUCGCCAGCUUUCGACUUGGACGGGCCUGUGACGAGCCACUGCAUCGCCAAGGUUCUCAAAUCCAAUAGCCCGGACUUCAAGGAGGGUGACCUGGUUGCCGCCUUCGUCAACAUCGCUGAGUACUCUUACGCGCCCAAGGAGCUGAUCGCCGGGAAGCGCGUGUUCAAGCUCCACAACCCUCACAACCUCGACCUCGCGCUCUUUGUCGGCACCCUGGGCAUGCCCGGCCUGACGGCUUAUUCUUCCCUGUACAAGAUUGGCCAGCCCAAGAAGGGGGAGACCAUCUUCAUCAGCAGCGCUGCAGGAGCUGUGGGCCAAGUCGUCGGCCAAAUCGCCAAGCACGAGGGUCUCACCGUCAUUGGCAGCGUGGGUUCGGAUGAUAAGCUGGACUUCAUCACCAAAGAGCUUGGUUUCGAUGCCGGCACGAACUACAAGAAGGAGUCGACUGCCGAUGCGCUGAAGAGGCUGGCGCCCAACGGCAUCGAUAUUUACUACGAGAACGUCGGCGGCGAGGUCUUGGAGGGAGCGCUGGAUGCCUUGAACACACACGGCAGGAUCAUCGCCUGCGGAAUGAUCUCUCAAUACAACGCCAAGGACGCGUCUGAGCGAUAUGGAGUCAAGAACUUGAUGCACAUCGUCACAAAGAGAAUUACCAUGCAAGGCUUCAUCGUUGGCGACCCGGGCUUCGGGCCGGCCUACGCCCAGGAACACCAGGAGAAGGUGCAGUCGUGGCUCGCCGACGGAAGCUUUAAGGCCAAGGUGCAUGUCACAGACGGCAUCGACAACGCCGCAGAGGGCUUCCUUGGUCUGCUCGAGGGCAAGAACUUCGGCAAGGCCGUGCUGAAGAUUGCGGACUACUAG